GCGGCGGCGCCAUGGAGGAUGAAAUGCCCAAGACCCUGUACGUGGGGAACCUCUCCAGGGACGUGACCGAGGCUCUGAUCCUGCAGCUCUUCAGUCAGAUCGGACCCUGCAAGAACUGCAAGAUGAUCAUGGAUACAGCUGGCAAUGAUCCCUACUGCUUUGUGGAGUUCUACGAGCACCGGCACGCGGCCGCAGCCCUGGCAGCCAUGAACGGCAGGAAGAUAAUGGGUAAGGAGGUCAAAGUGAACUGGGCCACCACCCCCAGCAGCCAGAAGAAAGACACCAGCAAUCAUUUCCACGUCUUUGUCGGAGACCUGAGCCCUGAGAUCACAACUGAAGACAUCAAAGCAGCCUUUGCUCCCUUUGGAAGAAUCUCGGAUGCAAGGGUGGUCAAGGACAUGGCCACGGGCAAGUCCAAGGGCUACGGCUUUGUGUCCUUCUUCAAUAAAUGGGACGCUGAGAACGCCAUCCAGCAGAUGGGGGGGCAGUGGCUCGGGGGGCGGCAGAUCCGAACCAACUGGGCCACCAGGAAACCUCCAGCUCCCAAGAGCACCUAUGAGACAAACACCAAACAAUUGUCCUACGACGAGGUGGUGACACAGUCCAGCCCCAGCAACUGCACCGUGUACUGCGGGGGGGUCACCUCGGGCCUCACAGAGCAGCUGAUGCGCCAGACCUUCUCCCCCUUCGGGCAGAUCAUGGAGAUCCGAGUGUUCCCAGAUAAAGGCUACUCCUUUGUCAGGUGGGAUGGGAUGGGGGCUCCUUCUGAUCAAAUAACCCAUGGGAUUGGCAGAAACCACUUGUUUACAUCGUGUCCCCAGGGCCAGCUGAGCUACCCCCCACCCUACGGGCAGUGGGGGCAGUGGUACGGGGGUGCCCAGCUGGGCCAGUACGUGCCCAAUGGCUGGCAGGUGCCAACCUACAGCGUCUAUGGCCAGGCCUGGAACCAGCAGGGCUUCGGGCAGAGCCAGUCGUCGGCGCCGUGGCUGGGCCCGGCUUACAGCGUCCAGCAGGGCCAGAACGGCGCCGUGGUGCCCGCCCAGCCCGGCUUCCGUGUGGGCUUCGAGACCCCCUGACCCCUCCCCAAUCACC